CGAAAAUUCACUCUCCGCAGUCGGCACUCACAGCUGGCGCUGCGGCAGGAGGAGGUGGAUCAUCUGGAGGAAUGCUAUCGUCUUCGCCGUCCGCGGCUCCUGCAACUAUUCUCAAUAACGCCACUCGUACUGUGCCUGCUUUCAUCACCGCCGACCCAGCUCGCUACGCAAAAGCCUGCACCAUCGAGCGCAGCACGGUGUUCCGCAGCAACCUCGGAAGCUACCUCAUCUUAACCGAGCAGUCCAGCGAGUACAAAGACGAACCCGAAAAGCUGACACUGCAGGAGUGCAAGACGCGGUGCGAACAGGACUUGCGAUUUUGCGACGCCUACACCUACUGGUUGCUUCCCGAUCAGCAUCCGCUCGAGGACCCAUCUGGGGCAGAAAUCACCGUCGGAACAGAAACAAUCCCCGACAAGCUCAACCACCGACGCGAGUGCCGACUAUUUUCGAAGCUUGUGCAAGACAGCGGGACCCCGGGAGGAAGUUCUUCUUCAGCACUAGCGACACUGUCCCCCAUCCCGCUGACCGAAAGGGCUGGGGAAAGGUCUCCGGUCAUUUACCGCCGAAACGCCCGGCGGUUUACGAGCGGAAGCUGCGCAGUUGUCGACAAGAACAGAAUUUUAGAAACCAUAGCCGGGGGCAUUCACCAAUCCAGCCCGAGCGACUUUUCUUUUCCCACGAACGUCCAGGUGAAGCUGCUACGCUGGACCCCGUUUUUACACACGGACUACUACUUGCGAGCAGAUGGGGACUUGGAGGCAGUGCAUGAAGUAGCGGACAAAAAUUCGAUCGUGCCGUCAAGAAGAAGAACUAGUACAACUCCAUCAACAAAGCGCUGCUCCAUGGAGGAGAUGACAGACUUUUAUCCUUACGGGGAAGAGGAUCUUUCCUCACCGCAAGCGGUCUUCGGCGUCGACGUCGAGCUGGCCCCCGAGGUCCUGCUGGCGCGGUUGCAGGACGAAAACGACAACACCCUAGCGUUCCCGCGUGAAGAAGACGCGCGGGUGCGCAAAGAGCUCGCGCGUUCGGUUUUUCGAAACAUGGAGGUGGACGCGGAGGCGAAGGGCACGCAUUUUGUCUUCAAAGAUAGAAACAAGCACGCGCGGGGGUGCCGAAUCAUUUGCGAGCUGGUGCGAAAAUGCAGCACCUACGUCCACAACUUUCAAGGGCCUCGUCCAAUAUGUGUUCUGAAGCCAAUUAGCGCAGUGGCAAAGCCCCACUGGUUCCCGCCUAGUAAAAAUGCAGGGACGUCGGAUCCCUGGGAGACAGCGAAUCCAAGUCUGGAACAAAUUGACGUUUACCACACAUACGGGACCCACGCGGACUUAGACUACACCACGAAAGACCUCCACAAGAAAAUCUGCUUUGAGAAACUCGAGCCCUGCUGCGAUGAUUCCUGUACCGACAACUCGCCCGGUGGUCACCCGCCGAAUGCGCUGGGAGCGAUCGCAGCUGCUGGUGCUGUUCCUGCUUCAUUGUCUCCUGCUGAAGUGGUUCGUUCGCUGGGAGGUGUAGACAUGGACGUGAUCAUGGAAAAUGUCGUAGAUGGUUUCCAAGCAUCGAACCCGGAUAAAACGGAUCGUAGCGGCGCGUGGUUCGAAAACCCAGUUCCCUGGGACGAGAUCCGGAAUGUAGACGAUAGGCACAGUGAGGAAGACGAAGAGCCAGACGCCCACAGGGUAGAACUUAGCGAAUGGCGACGAACUUACCCCGGAGUUGACGACCAGGAGCUGCAAAAAAUUUUCGUUGCUUUGGAUGGCCAAGAUGGAAUUUCAGACGGGUUCCUGAGCAAAGAAGAGUACCAAGUUCUGCUGGACUGGGCGGGAAAAGCGAAAAAAGAAGCCACUGCAGCUUCAAAUAGUUCUGAAACUUCUACGAGUAAGCUUUGCACUUGGGUCGGCAGCGGUUCGUCAUGCGACUGGGGGGUGGGCGAUUCGCGCAUGUCGGGUCGGUGCGUGACGGAGGACGCGUUGUCGUUCUUUGAUUCCGAAGAGAUGUAUCAGGCAGAAUUUGAAUCGUUUCAAAAGCUAAACCGCCACUUGUUCCGGCCUAAACCUGUGGAGGUGGAACUGCAAAAGCAGGAGCGGCACGAGCAGUGCAGUGCAAAGUGCAAACCGGGCGGAGUGGUAAAACAGCGGCGCCGGAUAACAGUGGAACCGAAAAACGGCGGCAAAGCCUGCCCGACGGACCUGGAGCGGGAGGUCAGCUGCAACGCAAACCGGCCGUGCGACACGGACAAAACGCGUGGUCCAGGCGAAUCUUCGGAGACGAACACUACUGAAGACUCUACUCCUGUCGCAGAUCAACUUAAAUCGGUGAAGGAGCACCCCACGGCUCCGCUGCCGCCGGCCGCCGGGCAUGGGCUUUACCGGCACCCCGCAGUGUUCGGUGACAGCAAGGGAUUUGUUGCCCUCGGCGAAGCGGUUGUUGAGAAGCUCCGCAGCCAGGGGAGUGACUUUGCCGAGAAGCAUUUCAGUGAAGAGCUCUUCGGCAAGGAUCCCGUGGUGCAGGUGGAGAUCUUCUCUGCCGGGGCGAAUCCGGAUUACAAUGCGGCUUCGUCGUCGUUUCUUUCGGAAGAAGAAGCAAACGAGAACGAAGAAGCAAGCGCCACCCGCGACGAGGAAGGAAAGAAGAAGAGCAAAAGUACAAGCAAGCACAGUGGUCGUGGAAAGAAGAAUAAUGUGAAAGCCUCGACGUUUGCGCAAAAAAAUAGGCAGAUCCCCGCUCCACCGGCUCGGAAAAACGUCGAGGUUUUGAAUUUCCUGACGUUCGUAUGACAAUGCACAACUCCCCCUCCCCCUCAUUUGUCAUGCAAAAUACCGAGUCCGCCCUUUUCUCUUUGGCACAUCUUGCAUGACAGAUUUCGGAAACCGAAACAGCACUAUACUCGGUCGCGAGUUUGUCAUGCAAAAGCUGCAUUUAUGCCAGCACUUGUGUUGCUGUUAAUGCCAUUCAAAUGAGGGGGAGGGGGAGUUGUGCACUCUCAUAGUUCGACAUGUUCGAGAACCUCGACUCAGACGUACACGGAGAAGACGAGGGGCAGAUUGAACACAGCGCGUCGUCGUUUCUUGAAAAAGGCGAUACUUCUAAGCUGAAGGCGGACCGACUGCCGUUGCAACCGAAGUUCGAUAUUCAGUUGGUUCUGCCGGAGGGCAUGAGUUGCAAGGUGAUGAAGAAGAUGGAAGAUACAAGAACGCCGGCACAAGCUUUCUCAUUCGUCGAAAAAAGCCCAAGGGAACAAGUUUUUGAUAGUAAUGAAGAUGAUGUUCUUGGCUCCGAUGAAGAACAAACUGAAACUACAGCUAUGGUCGCUGCAGGACACGAUCGAAGCUCUACUCUACUACAUGUUGAAAGCGACAUCAUGACCGGACCAAAUUUCUUCAACGACGAUCAUUUUUCACGAGGUGAAGAGCCACAACCACACGAAGACGAGAAACCGUUUGUUCGAAAGAGCCCUCUGUUUCGAACGUCCGCGGCAACAGAGUUGCAGAAUGCGGGAUUAAACCGGAGUCAGUCGCUACUCCGACGACGAGGCAGGGGACUGGGAGCAUCGACGCAGAGAGCGCAGACGAGGGACACCAAGAAUGUCGGUGAUUUCUUGCAACAAGGGAGAAAUGCCGUCGGAAAGAAUUUCCUACAAAGAGGCAGAAGAAAAAAACAAAAUGCCGAACAGGACGGCGCUUUUGCCGUGACGCUUUCGCCGUGACGCUGCAUCACCUGAACCGACUAGUGCGACUGAAGAAGAAGCAGGGGCUGGUUGCGCCAAUACACCGACAACGAACAAGCAAAACCAGUUCGAUCAUAAGCAGGAGUUCGGGACUACAUCGUCUUCAUUCAUCACGGCUGACAAAGGUAAAGUCGCCCGCGAAAUAAUUUCUUGCAAGCGGACCACGAAGGGUAGCACGGAAAAAGACGAACAGGAAAGGCAACACCCUUCGGCAAAAAGAAAAAAUCAAAAUGAGUGUGCCCCUUCUACUUGGGUGAAGGAUGUGUUUUCCCAGAUACGGAGUACGGUGAUCCACGAGUUCCACCAGACCUCGGGAAAGAUCGUCACCGCCAGAAGACAAGUCGAGAAGACCCUGCUCAGCAUUUAUGCGCAUCACCGAAAAUCGACCGAAAAUCAAAAAGUGAAAGACGAUCGGCGUACUACUGCGACGGCACAACUUGAAAACUUUCCCUUGGGCGCGAACGUUGAGGAGAACCAUUACGUGUGCGAUUUGGGUGCGAUGCUGAACCUGUUCUGCGUCUUUGACCUCUGGGAGGAGCUCUCUUUCCUGGACAUUGCCAAUUCCUACCUCAGUUUUCGACUCCGCGAGCGGCUGUCGUACCAAGCAGUGGCUGUACGUGACCGUUUCGAUGGAACCUUCGAGCCUGGCGAUGCCCGUCCGUCUGCCGAGUCUUUUUCCGGUCCCGGUCUUCGGGAGCUCGGCUCCAUCAUAAAGCUGCUGCCUGAAAACAUCCGUCAUGCUGUCGAGUUUACCGCUGCCAACCGAAAUAAGGGAAAAGCCGUCCCCUACAUGAGCGUGCCUGAUCAUGAGCAAUUCCUUCCGUCGGCGUCAAAUUUUUAUCAUCAGCGAAGUCAAUGGUCGGUGGCACAGCUUCCCUUCAGGAGUGCGCAGAACCAGUGUAAGUUGAUCUGCCAACACGACUAUUCGCGCUAC